AUGGUCGGCUUCAACUUGGCUACAGUAUUUCUUGUCCCAUCAGAUGGGUCGACAAUAAUAUCGGACGAGUGGAUGCGAAGGCGUCUAGAUGAAUACAAGAAGGAUGAUGUGUUCAACGAAGCAUUUCUCGCCAACGUCAUAUUCCUCGAAUCGCGUAAACGCCAUAGAAUUGACAAACAUUCGAUUACCAAGGAGACCAUUAAGUUUCUUAAAGAACAUGGCAUGAAACAAUGUAUCUUCAGCUCGUCUCCAAAUUAUCUACCUGGUCCCCAUGUGAUGGUGGAUCAGGAACUUAGAGAGGUGUGGAAGUUGGUGGAUAAUUCAAAUGGGACCUGCAUGGUUACUUUGAAACCACAGCAAGACCCAUCGGACGCAUUUGAAGCUCUUUCGAUCAGGGGACAAGGCAGUCAUGCCCUUAGCUUUGCCCUCCCAUCUCGCAUCAAGAGCAGUGCUCAGAGUCUUCCUCUCUCUGGGCUGCGUAUCCUCAUCAAAGAUAAUAUUCAUUUGAAGGGUGUCAAGACAUCCGUUGGCAACCGAGCUUUCUACGAUGCUUACCCUCCGCAGGAAAAGACUGCCCAGUGCAUCCAAAAGCUAGUCGAUAAAGGCGCGAUUAUAGCUGGAAAGACAAAAUUAACCUCUUUUGGUAAUUGGGAGGAGCCAAUCGAGUACACUGACUAUCAAGCACCAUGGAAUCCUAGGGCAGAUGGCUACCAAUCUCCUGGAGGUAGUAGCUCGGGCAGUGCUUCGGCCAUCGCGGCCUAUGAUUGGCUUGAUGUUGCCAUUGGUACUGAUACUUGGGGGAGCAUUACUCGGCCUGCUCACUGGUGUGGAUGUUUUGGCCUGCGUCCUAGCAUCGGUAGUGUCUCUACGGACGGCAUCGUGCCAUAUGUCCAAUCUUGGGAUAUUCCAGGAAUUCUUGUAAGAGAUCUGCAGAUGUGUAGGAAGUUCGCCAAAGAAUGGUUAGAUUUUGACAAAUUUGAGAACGCACCCGAGUUAUUUUCUUCUAUUAUAUGGCCGACUGACUUUUGGAAUAUCAUUGGCUCCGAGCAAAAAGGCCUAGCGCAGUCAUUUGCCCAAGAGAUGGCCACCAAGCUCAAUGUAAAGUUCGAAGAAAUUUCCUUUGAGGAGCGUUGGAAGAAUGUGCCGCCAACUGAUGAAACAUCUUUGCUACCGGCAUUCAUAAAUCAGGCUACGGCUAGUCUUGCAUACGAUGUCUACCAUAACAGUGAAGACUUUCGUUCCCGUUACUGGGAUUUGUUUAAACGCGCACCUUAUACGACUAUUCAAAAUGAGCGACUCUGGUCUGUUGGAAAGAACAUUACUUUAGAAGAAAGGGAUGCCGGAUUUCAGAAAAUUGAUAUUUACCGCCGGUGGUUCCAUCAACAUGUGUGGACUGGGGAUCAUACAAAUGCCAUCACAGUGAUGCCGCUUGAGAGUGCAGUACCAAGAUACAGAGAUGAUGUCCUCGGUUUCCAACGGCCACCUCAAGACAGAAUUAACGCUUUAUCUCUUGGUCCCGUUAUGAAAUCACCGGUUCUUGCUGUUCCAAGUGAGAUUGCAGCCCGCAAAGUGCCAUAA